CGUCUGCUCGGCCGCCCGGGCCCUGCAGCCCCGCUGCCCUGCCUCAGCCUCUGCCAGCGCCCGUGCCGGUGCCCCAGCGGCCGCCUCUUCCUCGUCCUCGUCGUCCUCCUCCCGCGCCCGGCCCCCGCGCCCGCCCUCCCUCCGGUUCUCCCGCGCGCGCGGAAGCAUGCAGCGGGCCGCCCUGUUCGGCAGCCCCGGCGGCGGCCCCGGCGGCGGCAGCGGCCCGGGCCCCGGCCCCGGCCCCGGAAAGAUGGCUGCAGGAGACCUCGGGGAGCUGCUGGUCCCUUACAUGCCCACCAUCCGCGUCCCCAGGUCCGGAGAUCGCGUCUACAAGGCGGAGUGCGCUUUCUCCUACGACUCCCCGAUUUCAGAAGGAGGUCUCUAUGUGUGCAUGAAUACGUUCCUGGCCUUUGGAAGGGAACAUGUUGAAAGGCACUAUCGGAAAACUGGACAGUGUGUGUACAUGCAUCUGAAAAGACAUGUAAGAGAGAAAGUAACAGGGGCAUCUGGUGGCGUCUUACCCCAAAGGAGGAAUCCCAAGCUAUUCUUAGAUCUAGAAAUGACUGGAGAUUUAAAUAGCGAUGAUUAUGAAUAUGAAGAUGAAGCCAAACUCGUUAUAUUUCCAGACCACUACGAAAUUGCAUUGCCAAAUAUAGAGGAGUUACCUGCACUGGUAACAAUUGCUUGUGAUGCCGUCCUUAAUUCAAAAUCUCCAUAUAGGAAACAGGAGCCAGAUUCCUGGGAAAAUGAGCUGCAGAUUUCCAAACAUGCUAAUAACCUCAUGCAACUGGACAAUGGUGUCAGGAUUCCUCCCGGUGGCUGGAAGUGUGCCAAAUGUGACUUGCGGGAGAACCUCUGGUUGAAUCUAACUGAUGGUACCAUUCUUUGUGGAAAGUGGUUCUUUGACAACAUGGGGGGAAACGGGCAUGCGCUGGACCAUUACAAAGAAAUGGGCUACCCUUUAGCAGUGAAGUUGGGAACCAUCACUCCAGAUGGAGCAGAUGUUUAUUCCUUCCAAGAAGAGGAGUCUGUUUUAGAUCCACAUUUAGCCAAACACUUAGCACAUUUUGGGAUUGACAUGCUUCAGAUGCAUUCGACGGAGAAUGGCACACGGGACAAUGAUGUCAAACCCAGGAUCAGUGAGUGGGAAGUCAUUCAGGAGUCGGGAAUGAAGCUGAAGCCCAUGUAUGGCUCUGGAUACACGGGGAUGAGGAAUCUGGGAAACAGCUGCUAUCUCAGUGUGGUCAUGCAAGCCAUCUUCAGCAUCCCUGAAUUUCAGAGAAUGUAUGUGGGGAACUUGGCAAGGAUAUUUGACUACUCUCCUCUAGAUCCAACACAGGAUUUCAACACACAGAUGGCUAAGUUAGGACAUGGCCUUCUCUCGGGCCAAUAUUCCAAACCUCCUAUGAAAUCUGAGCUCAUUGAACAGGUGAUGAAAGAAGAACAUAAGCCUCAGCAGAAUGGGAUCUCGCCAUGCAUGUUCAAGGCCUUUGUCAGCAAGAGCCAUCCUGAAUUCUCCUCCAACAGACAGCAGGAUGCCCAGGAGUUUUUCUUGCACCUGGUAAAUCUAGUGGAGAGGAACCGAAUUGGCUCUGAAAAUCCCAGUGAUGUUUUCCGGUUUGUGGUGGAAGAACGGAUUCAGUGCUGUCAGUCCAGGAAAGUCCGCUAUACUGAGAGGGUUGACUAUUUGAUGCAAUUGCCAGUGGCCAUGGAGGCGGCAACCAACAAGGAUGAGCUUAUUGCCUACGAGUUGACAAGGAGAGAAGCAGAGACAUGCAGGAGACCACUCCCAGAACUGGUCCGGGCCAGGAUUCCUUUUAGCGCCUGCCUUCAAGCCUUCUCUGAACCGGAUAAUGUGGAAGAUUUCUGGAGCAGCGCCCUACAAGCAAAAUCUGCUGGUGUGAAAACGUCCCGCUUUGCCUCAUUCCCUGAGUACUUGGUAGUGCAGAUAAAGAAAUUCACAUUUGGUCUUGACUGGGUUCCCAAAAAGUUUGAUGUUUCCAUCGAUAUGCCAGACCUCCUUGACAUCAAUCAUCUCAGAGCCACAGGGUUACAGCCUGGAGAGGAAGAGCUUCCAGACAUCGCCCCCCCAAUAGUCAUUCCUGAUGACCCCAAAGAUCGAUUGAUGAACCAUUAUAUGGAACCACCAGACAUUGAUGAGUCCUCUGUGAUGCAGCUGGCAGAGAUGGGUUUCCCUCUGGAGGCAUGUCGGAAAGCUGUGUACUAUACUGGAAACAUGGGACCUGAGGUGGCUUUCAACUGGAUCAUUGGCCAUAUGGAAGAGCCUGAUUUUGCCGAACCAUUAUCUCUGCCUGGUUUUGGAGGAAGUGCUACUAUGGGGGCCACUGCUUUUGGUGCUAUUGGAUUGGAUAACCAGCCUCCAGAAGAAAUUGUAGCCAUCAUCACCUCCAUGGGUUUCCAGAGAACUCAGGCCGUUCAGGCCCUAAAGGCCACGAACAACAACUUGGAGCGGGCCCUGGAUUGGAUCUUCAGUCACCCU